CUGCGCCCCGCGGCCGGCGGGCGGCGGGCAGCGGGCGGCGGCAGACGGAGAGCCAGAGACCGGCGCCGCGGGACUGAAGCGAGCGGGCGCGGACGCCGCGCAGAUGGCCGGGGCGAGCGAGAUCUGAGGCUCCGCUCCCCGAAACGUGACCAUGUGGAUUCAACAGCUUUUAGGACUCAGCUCCACGCCCAUCCGCUGGCCCGGCUGCUCCCGGGGGAGCCAUGCUUGGAUACUCAUAGCCAUGUUUCAGCUCGUCCUGGACCUGCCGUCGUGUGAGUCCCUGGGCCCGGGCCCCGAGUUCCGGCUCCUGCCCCGGCCGCCCCACCGGCCGGCCCGCUUGUGGAGUUUUAAAAGCGGGCAGCCCGCCCGGGUCCCGGCGCCCGUGUGGAGCCCCCGCCCGCCCCGCGUGGAGCGCGGUCACAGUCACGGGCAGAUGCCGGGUGUCCGGGCCCGACGGGCGCACAGACCCAGGGACCAGGUGGCCGCUCUGGUGCCCAAAGGGGGGCUGGCCAAGCCCCCAGCCGCUGCCAAAUCCAGCCCUUCCCUGGGCUCCUCCUCCCCGUCCUCGUCCUCCGUGGGGGGCAGCGGGGCCCCAUCGGACCAGCAGGCCCUCCUGAGGCGGGGAAGGAGGCACCUGCAGGGGGUCGGCUUCAACAGCUUUGACUUCCGCGGCAGCCGGCCCACCACGGAGACAGAGUUCAUUGCCUGGGGGCCCACAGGGGAGGAGGAGGCCCUGGAAUCCAACACAUUUCCGGGCAUUUACGGCCCCACCACAGUCUCCACCUUCCAAACACGAAAGACAACGGUGGCCACUGCCACCACCACCGCCACCGCCACCACGGCCACCUCCAUGACGCUGCAGACUAAAGGGGUCACCGAGCCCCUGGACCCCAGGAGUAGGAUCCUGGUUGGGGUUAGCACAACGGAGCCUUCCGCCAGUCCCAGCAAAGACAGUGACAAAGACAGCAAGCCCCCGCGGGUUCUGGGGGAGACCUCAGGUUUGGCGGUCCAUCAGAUCAUCACCAUCACCGUCUCCCUCAUCAUGGUCAUCGCUGCUCUGAUUACAACUCUUGUCUUAAAAAACUGCUGUGCCCAGAGCGGGAACACGCGCAGGAACGGCCACCAGCGGAAGGCCACCCAGCAGGAGGAGAGCUGCCAGAAUCUGACGGACUUCACGCCCGCCCGCGUGCCCAGCAGCCUGGACAUCUUCACGGCCUAUAACGAGACCCUCCAGUGUUCGCACGAGUGUGUCCGGGCGUCCGUGCCCGUGUACACCGACGAGACGCUGCACCCGACCGGGGAGUACAAAUCCACGUUUAACGGGAACCGACCCUCCUCUUCUGACCGGCAUCUUAUUCCUGUGGCCUUUGUGUCUGAGAAGUGGUUUGAAAUCUCCUGCUGACUGGCCGAAGUCUUUUUUACCUCCUGGGGGCAGGGCAGACGCCAUGUGUCUGUUUCAUGGAUUCCGUUGGUGAACUUGUAAAAAAAAAAAAUCAAAAAUUACAAAAACCCCCCCACAAAACCUAAAACUAAACUAUGUAAGGGGAGGGUCCCCGCGCCCACCACCUCUGUUUGCCGGUGGGGAACUCGCAGAGCAGGACGCUGUAGGCCAAAUAUAUUUUUAUAAAGAUGCUGUUGCCUAUGGGAACUGCCUUCUCCCAGAGCUGCUUCGGGGAACAGGAAGCAGACCCGCGAGGGAAGGAAGGACCUGGAGGCGGAGGGAAGGGACAGGAAGGAGGUCGCGCCGGACGCUGGGAUUUGUACUUCGAUUCUGAACCCGUGCCAAUAAUACCAUUAUGUGCCAUGUACUGACCCGAAGGACUUGGGGACAGAGCUGCAGCCACGCGAGCCGCGAGGAGAAGUCGUACAGAAAGCAGGAGCGAGAAUCUCUUCCGCCAGAGUCGCUGUUUCUGGUUACUAUACAUAUAUAAAUAUAUAAAUACACACACACACACACACACACACACACACACACACACCCCUUUUUUGUACUGUAGCAAUUUUUGAAGAUCUUCAAUGUUCCUUUUUAAAAAAAAAAGAAAAUGUGUUCUCAGUUACGAAAUCAGAUUUAUUGAACAUGCUUAGUACGCGUAGAAUGAACUGGUGUUUUCUACUCUGCAGACUCGCACACGUGCACACACACACACACACACGCACGCACACACAUCCGCAGACGUUGGACACGGAGCUCCACCCGUGAGCAUACUCCUUCUGGUGACCUGGCGCCCCGCCGCCAUCCGUCCCGGACGGGCGGCCCCGACCCGCACGCGGCGACCCUGGCCUGGCAAGGUCCGCACGUGCUGGCUGCCUGCUGGGUGGCGCCAGAGGUGUGCUGAACUGUCAUCUUGGGCCAGAACGAAGAACGCCAUGGUUUUAUAUGCAUACAUAUAUAUACAUGUACUAGAUAGACACAUAAAUACGACCUUUUUCCAUUUACCUGUUUGAAGAAGCUACCUGACAGCCAUGUGCGCCCUCGUGUGGCCGGCCGCUCACCAGCUGGCCUGAGCGUCACAUUGGGAGGGUGGGUGAUGGGCUCCUGGCCAUCUUUGUGUUAUACGAGCCUAGACCGGAUUAAAGAAAAUGUUCCAGUUCCAAAAAUUAAAGGCCUGCAG